GUUCCCAACUGAGCUUUUGUGUUGCUGUCUCAGGCAGUUUGGCCCACAAGCCAUGUUCAAGCUGCUAUUCAGUGUCCAAUUUCUCCAUGUCAGCCCUCCCAAUAGAUGGCAGCUGUCUUUCCCCCUCUCCUGUCACUCAAGUUCUUUGUGGUGCUGGGACGGCAAACUUUUACAUGCUAAGACUCAGGAAGGGGAAAAUCUUUAUCCCCAUGGAUCUCUAAAGUGAGAUGUUGGGCAGGACGAAGGGGGAGCUGCGUUUGUGGGGACUGCCUGAUACUUCUGGAAGGAUUUAACCUGCAGGAAGUGUGUGUCCUUUAUUCCUGAAGUGCUGCAAUCCAUCUGCUCUCUUCAAACAUUAACCAGUAUGACAGAAAAAGAAAUUCUUGAGCCACCUGCAUCACCCACAUCUGAAGGGGGGAAAUCGACUGAAGGGCUGCAGCGGCUAAAGCAGCUUUUCCAACGCAAGCCCAAUGAGGAGCCUGCCCCAGAGGAACCACAGGCCAAUGGGGAGCUGGUCAGCCCCUCUGGAGGACCCAUCUACUACAUCUAUGAGGAGGAGGAAGAGGAUGAAGAGGAGGAGGAGCCUGAACCACCACCUGAGCCAGAGAAACCAGUUAACGACAGACCUCACAAAUUCAAGGAUCAUUACUUCAAAAAACCCAAGUUUUGCGACGUCUGUGCCCGCAUGAUUGUCCUCAAUAACAAAUACGGCCUGCGUUGCAAGAACUGCAAAACCCACAUCCACCACAGCUGCCAACACUAUGUGGAGUUCCAGCGCUGCUUUGGCAAGAUUCCCCCGGGUUUCCGUCGUGCUUACAGCUCUCCAUUAUACGGUGCCGAACAACUUUCUGGUGCAAACCGAAGUGACCCUGUGUUUGAGACGCUGCGGACAGGUGUUGUCAUGGCAAACAAGGAGCGCAAGAAAGGGCAGGAUGACAAAAAGAACCCAUUGGCUGCUAUGAUGGAGGAGGAAACAGAGGCCCCUAAAAACGAGGGUGGCCAACCUGAGGCAGGAAAUCCAGAAGCACAGAAGGCUGAGAAGAAUGCCCCUGAUGAUAAGAAUAAGAAGCAGCAACCUGGGUUCCAGCAGUCUCACUACUUCAUUGCACUCUAUCGCUUCAAAGCUUUGGAGAAGGAUGACCUGGAUUUUCACCCGGGGGACAAAAUUGCCAUUGUUGACGACUCCAAUGAAGAAUGGUGGCGGGGCAAGAAGAUUGGAGAGAUUGGUGAUAAAAUUGGAUACUUCCCACCAAACUUUAUUAUCCGGGUACGUGCAGGAGAACAGGUACACAAAGUGAUGCGGUCCUUUGUGGGCAACAAAGAGAUUGGGCAGAUCACACUAAAAAAGGAUCAGAUUGUGGUGCAGAAAGGUGAGGAGCUGAAUGGGUACGUGAAAGUCUACACUGGCCGCAAGGUGGGGCUCUUCCCUGUCGACUUCCUGCAGGAGAUCUGAGACCCAGCCCUGGCAUUUAUGGGUUUCAUGGCCAGAGCCGAAGGCCAGGUUGUUUCUUUGGAAAGAGAUUCCCAGCUACCAAGGACUCCCUGCGAUGGAGCUGGGUUCUGCGAGUGCCUGUGUGGCUCCCAGUGAAGAUAUUCCACCAGGACCUGUAUCUCUGAGCUAGGAAACAAGGCGAGGAGCACAUAAUUUUGUCACCUUUGGGCAGGGGGGCCCUUGGCUCUCCUCUUGGACUCUGGUGGUGGUGGCAGAUUCCAGAAUGUGUUUAGCCGUUAAUCCACUGAUGAUGUAAGCCACAGAGGUGCUGGGAUGCAGACAAAGCUGUUCUGCUUCCUGUCUGCAAAGGAAGUGGAUACUGAUUGUUCAUAUUGACUGCCAGACUAGACAAGUGGCAUUUGCUGCUGUCUCCUGCAGGUGGCACAAAGCUUGUGUGUGUGUGUUUACUUGGAGGCAAAUGGCUGUCCCUUUGCUGGUGGUGGUGCAACUCCCAGCAUUAUUGGAUUGCUUAGAUUUUGUUAUGUUUUGCCUAUAUAUGUUAUCUUUCCCUACCCCUCAGUAGCCUGCUUACCUACUUUAGCAUAAAGCUGCAGGACUUGGGGUCAGCGUCCAAUGAAGUGACCUGGUUUUCUCGGUUGGGCUAAUCAGCUCCAGUUAUGUUGAAAUGAUAUACCUCUCCCAUUAUCCUUUUCUUCCAUUUUCCUGCUGUUGUGAAACUGAAUCUUUUUAGAUUGUUCCCUUUUAGGCACCUUCUGGUCUCGCUUAUGAGGGAGGCUAGAUGUUCUAGACAACUGAAUUUCUAUACAACAUGUAUAUACAUGCAUUUCUCUGUACACAGUCAGUGCUAUGACUUUCUUUCUGGGGGAGGGGGCAUGCAAGGUGACUAAUAACUUGGCCACAGCAAAGUGGGAAAGCUGCAUGUUAUGGAAAAAGAGCAUUGCCUGUUUCUAUGAUCCUUGUGCACUUUGAGGUGGCUCAGAAAGGCUAAGAGUCCAUGCUGAAUCAAGCCCUUUGGAUGCUAUGAGAAUAAAGCAACAAAGGGCCCACAA